AUGUCUUCAGAUUCAGAACGUUCUCGUUCACCCAGAGACUCGGAUAAAGACGAGAAAAUAAAAGUAAAAAAGUCCGAUAAAGCUAAACAGAAAGCCCUCCAAAGCAAACUAGAUGCCGCGGAAGCCUAUAACCAAGAGCUAAAAGCUCAAAACGACAAAUUAUUCGAUGAAAUUCGCGCAGCUAACGAGAGUAUAGCAAAACUUACUCAACAGGUAACAGAACUACUUAUCAAGGUAAACAAUGAUAUUGACAAACAAACACACAUGGAGGCAGAGGAAAUAGUAAACCAAAAUGAGAAUGCCAUUUCAAACAAAGUAAAUGAAGUUAACCCAGACGGAGAAUGGGAACUAGCAUCCUCAUCAAGGAGUAAAAAACGAAAGGCAAAGAAAGACGCAGGGAACUCAUCCGCGAGUAACAGUAAAAUUGCCAAAUCUAAUGCAACUAGUGGAGCAGAACCACUAGAAAAUUCUAGUGCCACUCAGGGCAUAAAUCAGAACAACCCAAAAAAUGAUGACAAAAUUAUUUCCCCUCCCUCCAUUGUGCUCAGAAACACUGAAGUAUGGGGACAAGUAAGUAGAUACGCACUUAAUAAAAAGAUUGGCAUAGCACAUGCAAAAAAUAUAACCGAUGGCGUUUCAAUUAAACCCGAUACCCCCGAAGAUUAUAGAAAACUUAUUAAAUUAUUCGAUGAAAAGAAAGUUGAAUACCAUACCUAUAUGUUACCGGAAGACAAACUACUUCACGUAGUAAUCAAGGGUAUACCGGCAGGAACAGACCCAGAAGAAAUCAAACUAGACCUGGAAAAUAAAGGUUUCCACCCUAAAUUAGUCAGCCAAAUGACUUCCAGAAAAACAAAAAAUGCAUUACCCAUGUUCCUAGUUCAACUCCCUAAAAACGAGAGGUUUUUGUAUUGGGGCUUCUCUAAGGAGAGUUUGAGGGCCUUGAACCUCUAA